UGAGAGAAUAAAGAAGAGAAAGAGUGUGUCCUCUCCUUGGGCAGGGAAGGGUCGAUGGUUAUCAUCAUCAUCGGAGGUAUUUUUUUUCUUAACGAGUGGUUAUUAUUAUCUGUCGUUAAUCGAAUGACUUUUUUUUUUCGGUUUGAUUGGUAAUUACGUUGACUGAGGGGGGAGGGUGCUGCUGACAUGGCCGGGGGGGCGGUCCGCCUGCUCCGGCAGGCGCGGAGUUCGACACGUGGCGGCGUCGGCGGAGGCGCCGUCGCUUCCGCCGCCGCUUCCGCCGCUUCCACCGUCGGUUCCGCCGCCGCCGCCGGCGCAACCCUGGCGCCCAUCUCGUGGUCUUCGCGUUUGGCUUGCUCGUGGGCAAACGCUGGCCGCUUCGUCUUCUCAUUGCCACGUCAGCAGCAGAACUUGACAGCAAAUCAACACGUGGCGCGACCUGCGUGGUCGCGCGCGAGAUCCAUUGCCGACCAAGAAGGUGCCGUUGGGUGGCGCGUAUCCCCACCUCCUACUCCUUCAUCCUCCAUUGCCGAGAUGACAGGCUGUCAAGCGAGGACGACGAUGGCUAUGGCGAUGGCUAUGGUGAGGAGAUCUGCGCUGACGCCGUCGCUGCUAUCGUCGUCAUUUUGUAGGUCAUCUUCCUUCUUGCCGUCGUCUUCCACAGCCCGUGAUGUUGCGCUGAAGACUGCCGCAAGGGUAGGAGGAAGAGGAGGGAUACUUAGUGUGGGAUCAAGGAGAGGAGGAGGAAGUGGAGGAGGAGGAGAAGGAGGAGGAGGAAGAGGUGGUUGGGUCGGGGAGGGAAGCCUGAGCAAGGGACGAGGAGGGGUGAUGAGCGCGCUGUCGAUGCCGCUUCGCCGAGUAGCGACUUCCUUCACCUCCUCUUCCUCCUCCUCCUCCUCCUCCUCGUUGACCUCUGCAAUUGCUGUCAUGGGCGCGCUGCGUGGUGCCACGUCAGCAGCAAUCCACGCUGGCAGCCAUUCUGCCAGCGUGGCGGCGGCGGGGGAGGCGACGGCGGGAAUGAAGGUGAUGCAGGCGAUGAAGCAGGGAAGUUUCGCCGAACUUUCGCGGCACUAUGGUCGAUGCUACUAUGAGUUAUCUAAAGCGCGAUUGAGUCUGUUGGUUGUGACGACGGCUGGAGCAGGAUACGUGAUGGCGAGCGGGGAGGUGAUUGAUUGGUCGGGACUGAUGUGGACCUCGAUCGGGACGAUGAUGGCCGCCUCCUCAGCCAAUGCUUUCAAUCAAGCAAUGGAAGUGGUUAAUGAUGCCUCCAUGAAGAGGACAAUGCGGCGGCCUCUGCCAUCUGGCAGGAUAGGGAUGGGCCACGCCAUCGCUUUUGCAACGUUGAUGGGAUUAGCCGGCGUGGGUGUGCUAGCGUGGAAGACCGACGGAUUGACAGCGGCCAUGGGCGCGGGGAACAUCGCGCUGUACACUCUCGUGUACACCCCUCUCAAGCAACUCCAUGUCUGCAACACCUGGGUAGGGGCCGUCGUCGGGGGAAUCCCCCCCUUGAUGGGUUGGUCCGCGGCCAAGGGGGGAGGGGGGGAGCUUGAUUGGUCUUCCGCCGCGGUCCUCGCGGCGGCGCUCUACCUCUGGCAAAUCCCCCAUUUCAUGGCGCUUGCGUGGCUAUGUCGUGCUGAUUACGCUCGGGGUGGGUACAAGAUGAUGUCCUUGGUCGAUAAGACGGGCAGGAGGACAGCUGGCGCUGCCUUGCGCAAUGCCCUUUAUCUCCUCCCUCUCGGUUAUGUAGCUAUGGAAUUAGGCUUGACGUCAAACUGGUUCGUGUACGAGAAUGCCUUGCUCGCGGGGUGGUUGAUUGGCUCCGCGUUGUCGUUCUACAAGGUCCCGACCCCGACGACGGCCAGAGGUCUCUUUCGCGCAAGCCUGGUCUAUCUUCCCGCCUUGAUGACUGCAAUGAUUGUCCACAGGGUACCGCAGAGGAACACGGCGGCGGCUCUGGUGACCACGGUGGAGGAGGAGAAGGUGGAUGGUCUUCUCCUCAUCGACGAGGAAGAAAGCACCGCCAUGGAGAAAAUCAGGAAGAUUGUGAUGGGAUUAGGAUUUGGAUUGAGAGACGUGGUUGGCAUACAUCGAAUCCGACCAUCAAUGCGGAGAGAUGACCAGGUUCGCGCGCUCAUUCAUGGCAACACGGCGACAGUGGGAGAGAUUGACGGCGAUGGUGGUAGUAGUAGUAGUAGUAGUAGAAGUGAUUGGAGAAUGAGUAACAGAGGGGAUGGAGACCGUUGGGAGGAGGAGGUGAAACUACCUCCUCCUCCGAUUGCACACGUGCUCGUCGCGCCAUUUCCGUUCUUGCCGGCGCCACACUUCGGGCUCUAAUGAUUAAUCAAGGUUAGAAACACUA